CGCAUCUCGCCAGGCUCACUUUCGGCUGCCUGGCCCCUUGUGGUUAUCCCUUUUCGGAUCUGGAGCUGCAUCUUUCCAAAGGCAGCAUGGCGAGCAACGACUUUGCGUCCGUCGCCAUGCAGUUCGUGCAGCACUACUACAACACCUUCGACACCAACCGGCAAGCCACAGAGAGAUGAAACGAAAAUGAAGCCGGCCUGGCUGCUGCCACGCGAGCGCGUCUGUUAUCUUGUGUUCUGUUGUUCUGUUGUCCUGCUGGUUGGUUGGUUGGUUGCAUGCGUUUGUGUGUAUGUGUGCAGGAAUGGCCUUGCGCCGUUGUACGGCGAAGCGUCCAUGCUGACCUUCGAAGAUGCCCAAUUCAAGGUGCGGACGGGGGAAGGCGAGAUGGAACGGAAGGUGCAUGUUCUCUUGUGUUGUGGUUUGUGUGGAUGUGUGUCGUGGUGCAGGGCGUGCAGCAGAUCAUGCAGAAGCUCAACUCGCUGCAGUUCCAGCAGGUCGGUGGGCGGGCGGGCGGUGUUUGGGCGGGCAAUGCUGGCCAGCACACACACGAUGGAUGGAUGGAUGGAUGGACUGCGUGUGGAUGCGUGGAUGUGUGCAUCAGAUCCGCCAUCAGGUCAUCAAGGUGGACAGCCAACCCUCCGUCAACAACGGCAUCCUCGUUUUCGUCACGGGUCGGUGAGCGUCCACACACGCGCACCCCCGGGCGGGCGGGCGGGCGGGCGUACCGCGUUAAAUGCAUGAGCACUGAUCAUGUGUGUGUCUGUCUACAUCUAUAUCUGUGUGUGACGGUCAGGGACCUUGAUGGUCGACAACGAGGCGAAUCCCCUCAAGUUUGCGCAGGUCUUCCACCUGCAGCCAAACGCACAAGGCGGCGGAUACUACUGUACGCAACACUGCACACCACAACUGAUACACGCACACACCCAGACCGGUGUGUGGGUGUGUUUCAUUCAGGUUUCAAUGACCUUUUCCGACUCAACAUCGGCUGAGCAGCAUAGCAUACCACCGAUGUGCCCCGUGUGCUGACUGUGGUGCUGGUGGUGGUGUCUUUGUCUGUGAGUGGAGUGACAGAGUAGACAAGACAGGACAGGAGAG